GAGUAACACAUGCGCCGCUCUUCUGACAUGUUUUGAAGUGAGCUCCGGAAGCUAACAGCAAUACAAGCACAUCCACGCUGCGUCAGGAUGGACUUGGGCAGUCAGACGUCCACAGUUCAGUUGGUGCUUUUGGCCUCGAGCUCGGCCCUCACUGCUCUGUUCUAUUCGAUCUACAAGAACAGAGCCACCACCGCCAACAGACUCAAGGAAGCGAAAAAAGUGUCCAUCGACCAGGACCUGAACGAGCUCCUGUCUGAGACCCCGGGGAGAUGCGUCCCUUAUGCCGUUAUAGAAGGUGCGGUGAAAGCUGUGAAUGAAACCCUGAGCAGUCAGUUUGUCGAUAACUGCAAAGGUGUGAUCGAGCGCCUCACACUGAAGGAGAAGAAGAUGGUCUGGAAUCGCACCACUCACCUCUGGAACCACACAGAGAAAGUCAUCCACCAGCGCACCAACUCCGUCCCGUUCGCCAUCGGCUCCCUGGACGACAGCGUCUCAGUCUGUGUGCGGGUCGUGCGCCCCCUGGAGGCCUCUGAGCUCGAACUAGAGACCACCUACGAAAACUUCCACCCCGCCGUUCAGUCCAUCACCAGCACUAUCGGCCAUUUUAUCAGCGGAGAACGUCCCAAAGGCAUUCACGAGGUAGAGGAGAUGCUACGAAUCGGGGACAGCAUCACUGGAGUCGGCGAGCUCGUUCUUGACAACAACCUUAUCAAGCUACAACCACCUAAAGAACACUACUGCUACUUCCUUAGCCACUUGGAUUACGACGCAUUACUGAGAAAACAAGAAAGUAGCGUUAGAAUGUGGAAAAUUAUCACGAUUAUCUUCGGUAUGGCAGCCUGCUCGACCCUGGUCUAUAUCUUGUGGAAGAAAUUUGCUCAUUAUCGGCAGAAAAAGCGCGAAAGGGGUUUGAUGGAGGAGUUCGAGGCGCAGCAGAGACAGAGGAUACAAGAUCUGAACUUGGAUGACACCGCCAUUUCACCCUCCAGCUGUACCGUUUGUUUAAGUCGGGAAAGAGAUUGCGUUUUUCUCGAGUGCGGACACGUGUGCUCCUGUCUCCAGUGCUACGAAUUUUUCCCCACACCCAAGAAGUGCCCCAUAUGUAGAAGACACAUAGACAGAGUGGUGCCAUUGUACCAUAGCUAAAGAAAAAAUUCUGUGUUUCCCGUUAAUAGAAAAGACUACAGUGGCCUCCCCAUAGUCUAGAAUUCUCCCACAUAGUCUAAAAAGAACAUGGACUAGACUUUGGCAUAUUAAAAGCUCACUUUGUCGCUUCAUUCAUAACAUAAAAAGUAACUAAACUGUUACAAAAGACUGCUGAAAUAUGAAGUACAGGCAAUAAGUGACGUUUAUAGGGCCUAUAUUACGCUAUUUUAUGUUAUGUUAUGUUUUCUCAUCAAAAACAUGCCCUUGAGUUUUAUUUCAUUCAAACAUGUGUAAAUCCUGCAUAUUUAGACUGGAACAGAGCAUUUGGAGCUUUGGAGAUGUAGACAGAAUAAUAAUAAAGGAUUACUCAAACACGCGUGAAUGAAAUAAAACACAACUCCAGACGCGUUUUUAAUGAGAUAACAACGUUCUAAAAUAGCUAAACGCUCAUAUGAGUCAAUUUUGUGUAAUAUAGGGCCUUUUAAACUCCACAAAUUGUAUGAAAGUGAAGGAAAUGAAGGAAAUUCUGAAUAUACAAAGUACAGAAUGUAAUUUCACAGGCCAAUAAUUUUAGCAGUUCUUGUCUCAGAAUGCUUAGAAACAGAUCAAGAUUUUAUAUUUAAUGUUUUAUUUUUGUUCUGUUUUCAGGUUGAGCCGUUCACUCCCAAAGAGAAGUCAAUUUGCAUCUUGGAAUCUGCUCGCACACAGUCACUCAAGACUGAGCAGCCUUCAGUACAAAAUUUUGAAAAACUUGACCAGCUGGCAAACAUAUUUGGACUUGGUACUAAAAAUGUUAAAGGGCUAAAAGAUCUGAUAGGUCAUCAUCAGUUUCAGAAGAGAAGGUUGAACAAGUUUGUGAAAAACUCAAGAAGUCUGUAAGGAGAACAAGUUUGGAAACCCAGAUUCCUUGAAUGAUGAUUUGGUUUACCAGAUCCUUUAGCCCUGCAUAAUCAGACUUCCUCUUUACAUUUUUGGUACCAAGUCCAGAUUUGUUUGCCAGUUGGUGAAGUUUUUCCAAAUUUUGCAUUGAAGCUGCACAGUGUUGAGUGACUUGUCUUUAGGAGUGAACAGCACGGCUCAACCUGAAAACAGUACAAAAAUAAAACAUUAAAUUACUAAUUAAAAUCUUGAUCUGUUUCUAUACAUUCUGUGAACAUUUGAGGUGAUUUCAACAAAAAUUGCCAAAAUUAUUGGUCUGCGAAAUGAUGUCAAAUUUUCUGGGACAGCCUGUAGUUGUGCCACAAAGUCUGAACCAAAGGAACGGGAAACACUUUAGUAAUGUAGACUAGUGGCUAUACUAAUGUAGGCAAUCCUCAAAGCUAUGAAACUGUAUUUAUAAAAGUGCUUCUCAUACAACACUGUAACCCACAAAGUGCUUCACAUGUAACACUGUGCACUAUGUAACCGUUCUGGGGUCGUGAAGAGGGUUCCACCACACACAUUCAUAGAUGAGAAAUACACUGGAUCACUAUAAUCUAAAACGUUCUAAAUAAACUGGAGGAAGUGUGCGUGGAAAGUGAAGGCUGGAUAAAGCAGAAGAAAAACGAUGGAUGGACUGUAAUCUAAAAUAAAACACCAAAAGGUUUACACACUCAACAGUGACUUUGAACAAAGCUUUGACCUCACCUAAAUGUGCUUGAUGUGUUGGUACCUGCCAGCAUUUCACAUUUUUAUGGAUUAAAGAUAACUGGAAAAUAUACUAGUCUCCGGUGUUUCAUAAUCUUCCCAGACUCGCCGAGUUGUUAAGUGGAUGACAGCAUUAGCACUGAACGCUGUGUCUAUUAAUUAUAUCUCUGGGUUUCACCACUUGUCUCCAUAGCGAUGCUGUUACUUUACCUCCAAUGUACAAAUUAAACUGAUCCAUAUGGCAAUUGUUACAUAUACAGAUACAUUUUUACAGAUCUGACCUGUAACUUGCCCUAUGAGCUGCUUGUCCCAGUGGAGAUUGAUAAAUUUAAUGCCACACUAUGGAACAAUUUAGGCCAGGGGUGUCAAACUCAUGUUGGUCCAGGGGCUGCGUCAUUUUUCUGAUAAGGGUGUCACGGUCAACAGUCAAAACGAUCGUCCUUUAAGAGAGUUUGGAAAGAGACAAGUCUUCAUUUGUGCUGCUCUGGUGGGAGGGGCCACGCACAGAAGCGCCGCAGAAAAUUACCAAUAUUUUAAUAGAAAAUAUAAUUCAAAUAUUUUAGUAGAAAAUCAGCUGAGGGCCAGAUUAAAGGUCUUGGAGGGCCGGAUCCAGCCCCCGGGCCGUAUGUUUGACACCCCUGAUCUAGGCAAAGCAAUAGCAUGCAGGUGGGGGACGCUUCUUCAAAAAAAGCAGCAUUAUGAUCUAUAAAGUCUUCAAAAACCUGUGUCAUGUGAUAGUUCUUAUUUCUGUGGUUCAUUUACCGAUUUUUUUGGACUAUAAGUCACUUCCGAGUAUAAGUCGCAUCAGCCAAAAAAAUGCGUAAUGAAGAAGAAUAAAACAUACAUAAGUCACACUGGACUAUAAGUUGCACUUUUUGGGGGAAAUUUAUUUUAUAAAAUUAGAGACCAGGAACCGACAUUUCCUGUUGAAAGCACAAAGAACAACAGACUGUUAACGUCACAGUUCUUCAGAUAAACUAUAACAUAAACAACAGAACAGAACAAGUUUACCAAACUCUCCAUCUCACUCCAAAUCACUAAAUCCAUUCAAUUCUUCAUCCUCGGUGUCACUGCUGAACAAGUCUGUGACCUCUGGAGGAAAACAGAGCACCGCUUCCUCUUCUGUGUAGCUGUCGUCAAACUCGGCUUCAGUUCCAGUUAGAAUUAUUCUGGCAUUUCUGAAUCUCGACAGGAUGAUUUCGGUGUCACUGAAGUCCAGGCUUUGUCGACCCUGAAAGUUGCAUGUGUGUUCUCCAUCCCCGCUUUCUGCCAGUCCCUCUCAAGUUUCUCGCUCACUUCAAACUUUCUUUCUGCUGCUCGAUUACUGUUUUCAUCUGAACAUUUCAGUUGUUGCAGCAGGACAGAGGCUCUUUCUGUAGGAGCCAUGCGCAGCACAGUGACGUGAAGUGGUGCAGGAUUAAUAGGAGCAGCAGAUACUGACACACAAGACUAGAGCGCCCCCUUGAGGCUUCAGUGUGAACAUUUUAAUAUAUAAUUUACAGGAAACAUCCAAACGAUGAAAAAAGUGUGACUUAUAGUCCAAAAAGUACUGUAUUUCUGUGGUUCAUUUACAGCCUUUUUACAGAUUAUUGUUGUACUUACCUCAACUAAAAUAUUUACUGCCAA